AAUUCCUGGAUGGCAGCACGGCUCUAAUUCCACUUCCACGCCGGAUUUCUAAAACGAGGAAAGGGGGAGGCUGGCAAAUAGACAACAACACCGGAUUGAGGAAACUGACGAGGGCAUACCACGCGCAAAACAAACUUGUUUAAAGCCGACGGCCAUGCAGCCCCGAGCCGUUUCAUUCACUAUCUCGUCUAAGAAGGGGACAGCUCCUCCCCAGCGCGCUAGACCCGAGGACAGCGUCCAGCGUGGUGUUCGUUCGCACUUCAAGCCAUGCGUUCGUACGCGAUCCCGGUGUUGCUGCUGAUGGCGCUCGGAGACGCCGACGCGUGGGGUCCCGCGGGUAAAUACGCCGUCAGCUGCCCGGACAGAUGCAGCCCCGCGCUGUGCGGCUCGACGCAGCGCUGCAGGCGCACGGUGCUGGACGACUGCGGAUGCUGCCAGCUCUGCGCCGCGGGACGGGGAGAGCACUGCUACCGCACCGUGUCCGGGAUGCACGGCGUCAAGUGCGGACCGGGACUCUUCUGCGACUUCUACAAGGAUGAGGAUGAUUACGGAGACGAAUACGGCAUCUGUAAAGACUGCAUGUAUGGAACGUACGGCAUGGAAUGUCGGAAAACGUGCAACUGUAAAGCAGGAGGACUGUGCGACAGGGAAACAGGUGCUUGUCUCUCCUUUAAAUUCCUGGCUAAAAUGGCCAUGCUGAAAUCUCACUCAAGUGAAGGUAAUGAAGUGGGCUCCGGAGACAGCGACAUUGAAACCAGCAGCAAUCGUUCUUCCAUUCGCAAUUUUCUCACCCCUCGCUGACAGCAACUCUCUAUCUUCAGUUUAGUCAGUGUACAUGUAGCAUAAUAAAUUAAAGGACCAAACGGAUAUAUUUUAAUAUGUUUAAAAACGAGUUUUAUCCCGUAUAUUUUACAGAUGUGUGUGCCGGUUAUGUCUUUAUUCCGAAAGCACGUCUACAUGCAUUCAGAUGCACACAAAUAAACCUGCAAAUGUCCAGCGGAGUUUGAUAUCCCGAUGAUAGUGUUGUGCUGAAACGUCAACGCUCUUUUACCUUAUGAAUGUAUUACAGUCCAAUCGUAUUUAAUGAGAUACAUAUUUUAAGAUAAUACACCAGACUCAGUACCAAUUCUGAUCAGCAUUAGCGUCGAAUUUGACAUCUGUAAUGUUAAAACAGUGAUGUUUUUCAUGUGCGUGUUAUAUUAAUGUGUUAAUGUGGGUAUGUUGAGGCCAAGGAGAUUAUUAUAAAUUAUGGACUGUAUAUCCUUCUAAUAUGUGUAUAAAUUAUUCUCUGUGAAUCUUUGCUUUAAAACCCUCUUUAAAAAGAGAGAUAAUAUGAAUUCUUACUGCUUUAUGUAUGAGAUUUAAAUUAAAACAAUGUAAUUCUAUGAGAAAAGA